UGGGAGAGGAGACAGAGAGGGCACCAGCUUAGUCUGUACCCACCAGUCCACCGGCCUCUCCAGCAGCUGCUGAGCUAUGAGCCACACCAGAGAUUUACAAGGAGGAAAAGCCUUCGGGCUGCUGAAGGCCCAGCAGGAAGACAGACUGGAUGAAAUCAACAAGGUAAAAGGAAGAUCUAAGGGGGCAGGGCCUGUGGGAAGGGAACCCUGGACCAGGGGACCUAUCCUGCCUCUUGUUUCCCACCCCCCCCCCCAACAGCAAUUCCUGGAUGAUCCCAAAUAUAGCAGUGAUGAGGAUCUGCUGUCCAAACUGGAAGCCUUCAAGAAGAAAUACAUGGAGUUUGACCUGAAUGGAAACGGAGAUAUCGAUAUCAUGUCCCUGAAGCGAAUGCUGGAAAAACUCGGGGUCCCCAAGACCCACCUGGAGCUGAAGAAACUAAUCAGGGAGGUGUCCAGCGGCUCUGGGGAGACUUUCAGCUACUCUGACUUUCUCAAGAUGAUGUUGGGAAAGAGAUCUGCCAUCCUAAAAAUGAUCCUGAUGUACGAGGAGAAAGCAAGAGAACAGGAGAAGCCAGCAGGUCCCCCAGCCAAGAGAAAUAUCUCUGAAUUGCCCUGAUUUAUGGUAGGGGAGAUGUGGUGGGAUUGAUGGGGUUCCUAAUCACCCCCAGCAUGGAAAAUGAACACAGAAUUGUGAGCCACAGUUACACUAAAUAAAAUAAACUAUCCUCCUUCUCCA